GUCACUGCUGCUUGCCGUAGCUACUUGUAAACACGGAAGUAAAUCGCUCCUUCACUCCUGAGCGUCAUGUGCUUUGGAAACCUCUGGCUGACAAGCUCAAAAUAAUUCCCUGUCAGCUUGUAGACUCUUAACUUCAACUAUUUGGGUCUUACAUCUUUGUUAGCGUAUCUAUGUUGACAGACAGACUGUGUAUUAUGCAAGAGGAGUGUUUUUGCUGUUGCUGAAAGCUCAGCAGAUAGUGUUCGGUAGCUUAGCCCUUUAGCUUAGCUUUGGGGAAUGGCAGGUCAAGUGGAGAGAACGUUUCAGUUUGUGAUCGUGGGAGGAGGCAUCGCAGGUGUGACGUGUGUUGAGCAGCUGUCAUCCCAGAUCCCGUCAGCUGAGGUGGCUCUGAUCACAGCAGGUCCUCAGAUCAAGGCAGUGACCAACUAUAAACAGGUGUCGCAGACGCUGGAAGAGUUUGAUGUGGAGGAGCGUCCAUCCAGUGUUCUGGAGGAGAAGUUUCCCAACCUGACUGUAAUCCAGUCUUCUGUCAAAUCCCUUCACACACAGUCACAUAGAGUGGAAACUGCAGAUGGCCGGGAGUUUGGUUAUGAGAAGCUGUGUAUCUGCAGUGGGGGCAGACCUAAGCUCCUAACCCAGGAAAACCCUUAUGUGUUGGGGAUAAGGGACACAGACAGUGCCCAGGAGUUUCAGAAGCGGUUAUCCAGUGCAAAGAGAAUUGUUGUUGUUGGAAAUGGUGGAAUUGCCUUGGAAUUAGUGUAUGAGGUAGAAGGCUGUGAGGUGAUCUGGGCUGUGAAGGACAAGGCCAUAGGAAACACAUUUUUUGACGCGGGGGCUGCCCAGUUCUUCAUCCCGUCACUGGAGGCUGACAAACCUGAGAGAGCUGCUCCCUGUAAGAGGCCACGCUACACCACAGAGGAUCCAGCAGUCGGGACAUCACACACCUUCACCGCAGAUAGAAAUUCACGAGGGCAUGGUGCCGGGCCAACAGAGCCUGGUAGUGCCCUCGGUCCAGACUGGCAUGAAGGAAUAGCUCUCAGAGGAGCAGAACAGGUGUCCCGCAGAGUUUCGGUGGAAUACCAGUGUGAGGUGGAAAAGAUCUUCACCUCUGAGGAGCUGCUCAAUUCCCAACAGCAAACACUUGGACCUGAGAAUGCUGGAGCAUGGCCAGUUUACAUCCAGCUGACCAAUGGCAAGACUUUUGGCUGCGAUUUUGUCGUCAGCGCCACCGGGGUUGUGCCAAACACAGAGCCGUUUCUCCAUGGCAACAAAUUUGCACUGGCAGAUGAUGCUGGCCUGCGAGUGGAUGAACACAUGAUGACUUCAGAGUCACACGUCUAUGCAGCAGGAGAUGUUUGCACAGCAUGCUGGGAACACAGCGCACUGUGGCAGCAGAUGCGUUUGUGGACCCAGGCCCGUCAGAUGGGCUGGUACGCUGGCCGCUGCAUGGCGGCGCACGUCCUGUCAGAACCAAUCGAGCUGGACUUCUGCUUCGAGCUUUUCUCUCACAUCACAAAAUUCUUCAACUAUAAGGAGGGUUCAUGGUCAUUUCACACAGUGCUGCAUGGUGUUGUCCUCUCUCUCACUCUGAGCUCUGCAUUGAAACAACUUCCUGUCUGCUGGUCAUUCCACAGGUGGUCCUGCUGGGGAAGUUUAAUGGGCAGGGGCUGGGGUCUGACCAUGAACUGCUGGUGCGCUGCACUAAAGGCCAUGAGUAUGUGAAGGUCGUCCUCAGCGGAGGCAGGAUGGUAGGAGCAGUGCUGAUCGGGGAAACGGAUCUGGAGGAGACCUUUGAGAACCUAAUCCUCAACCAGAUGGAUCUGACACAGUACGGAGAGGAGUUGCUCAACCCUGACAUUGAUAUAGAGGACUACUUUGACUGAGAACAGGGGUGGAGACUUUGGAGAACACAGUGUUUCAAGCUUAAAAGUCAUUCAAGGUAGAGAGAUGAAGAAAUCUUGCCUGAGGAAUGUGUAUGGGCGAGGUUCAGCAUUCUAUAAUGUCCAAGAUGGUGUGUUAGAUUUGUUUCUUUUGGCAACGAAGAGAAGAUAUGAACUAAUGUGUAUGUACAUUUAAGACUAUAUUUUUGCUUCAAAUUAAAUUAUUUUCAAAAAAUCACUUCAUAGAUAUUAAUAAGAAGCAGUAACAGAUCUGAACUGAGGGUAAAAAAGCAAUACAAUAAGAGACUGUCAAAGUGACCCACUGUUUUGAUAAGCAAACACACUCGUCUGUGCAGAACAAUGGGAUCUGCUUAGUGAUACUUGCUUUAGAAAAAAAGGGAACAUCCUUUUGUUGCCGUGUUGUCUUAGUGACUCUCGAUCAAGUUUCAGUCUCAACAGCACACACAGCUCCUCCUGUGCCUCAGAAGACUUUACAACAAUAGACAUUGUGGAGCUCACAUAAUACGGUCUAUUUUUCUGAGGACGUGUUGCUCUUGGGGACGCUGCUAUUUGAAAAUCCACCUUUUGUAAGGACAAGAAACAUUAGAAGUGGAAAAGAAAUAUCUAAUGCUAAAAGAAGUCAACCUCCCAUUUCCACUUGUGUGUUCUGUUUUGUUGAUUUAGGUUUUAUUUGGGCUAGUGGGCUGACCCACAGGAGCAUGCCUACCUGGAUGCAGCCACUUUUGUCAGCCAGUAAAGGUUGUUAUGGCAACAUUUUGUUUUUACUCACUGAGCGUAAUGCAAAUUGAGUAAAAUCAACAACGUGUGUGUGUGUAAAGCAACAAAAUUGUGCAAUAAACCACCAUAGUAGAGA